AUGUCGUCCGUGAUACGCCCGCCAGACCCAUGUCUGAUAGCAAUUGCUCUUGUCGUUCGCUCCCGCGCUGGCCCCCGGUUUGUCUACCAUUAUCCCCCCAACCCAUCCAUAGCUGAGUCCCCCUCCACCUCGCCAAACAAGUACGACUCCCUGAGCCAGAACCAGGACCCGGACCCGGACCAGGAGACUAAAACUACUGAUUCCGGGGCCUCGGUGGACGAGGAAGUCGGUACGUCCGAAGAGGACGAUGAUGCGAGCGUUUUAGGGGAAAGAGACCGGGAUCGGGAUAGAGAUCGGGAGAGGCUCCUUGAAAGAGACCAGCGCAGGUCUCCAUCCCGUCACCAUGUGUUGAAGAAGAGAGUGGCUAUACAGGGAGCGCCAGAAGGUGACGGGGCCGAAAGCAUUCGUGAAGAGAAGAGGGCCGACCUUGCGAAUGUGCAGUUACAGGCUGAUUCGUUCCUAGGACUGAAAUAUGAUGUUUGGGAGAAACUGCUGAGUCCAUCGCCGGCAUGGCAUAAGCGGCGGUUUGAAGUGGGUGUCAACGAUCUUACGUUUGUAGGAUGGCCUGUUUUCGUCCGGAAGGAUGGUACAUGGAGGAAGAAGAAGAAAAAAAAGAAGGAGAAGGAGAAGGAGAAGGGAAAGACGGACAGGAAGAAGCACGGCGGGAACGGUUCUAUCUCUGGCCUUGGAGCUGCUAUCAGUGCUGGCGAAGCGUCUAUGAGUGUGCCUCUUGUUUCUAUACCCGGUGAUGCCCAUGAUGAUGCUACGAAUGAUGAUUCCGAUGAACUGUCCGAGGAAGAGCAGUUGACUAUCAAGGAUGGCAUGACGAUGUUUAACGUCGUGUUUGUGCUCAACCCGCCUACGCUGGAGUACAAUGUGCGCAUCCGGGAGAUGUACGAGAAUGUGGUCAAGAAGUUUGGCAAGGCGUUGAAGUCUGAGCAGGCGAGGGCCAAUUAUGUCUGGAAAGAGGCCCUGAAUAUCCUGCGCAUCAAGGAGAAAUGCCGUGAAGAGAGAUGCUCACUAUCUGCGGUUUACUCGCAGCUGUUUGCCAAAUCCAGCCUUGCGCAGGCCAUCGAGACGCUGUAUACGGACAUCUCAGCGUCAAAGAUUGCAUCCGUGUCUCUUGGUCCGCAGACGAGCAUGUCCAUGCAGAUACCGCCGAUGACCUCUACGCCGCAUCUUCCUUCACCCAACGAACCAGGCUAUCCUGGUCUCUGGCUGACGACAGCCGACAGCAUAUCGACCACGGACGAGACGUCCGCACUGGCAGCUUCGGGACAAAACCAGGUGCUGGCCAAGCACUUUGCCCUGUUACUGCUGAGUGAUGAGAACACGAUACUGAAAGACAUCGAGGCGUCGAAGAGCACCAUCGGCCCACCGCUGGCGCACUACAUACGCUCGUCCAAGCCGACCAAGUCGUUUGCCCAGAUAUCUGCCCGUUCACGUAUACCACUCAGCGACAUACAGGUUCUAGCGAGCCAUCUGGUGUACUGGAGACGAGCGCGGGCGAUACCACCGCUGAACAAGAAGGAUGUCUACAUUGUCUCUCCGAACGCGGACAUGAGCAAGUUGACUAUUGCUACCGCAGCGUACGAGGCGACAUUCCCGACACUGCCAAGCUUACCGAAGAUGCUGUCUGCGCUGAGCUGUGGGAGUCCACGGCCUUAUUACAGCUUCAUACCGAGCCGGGACCACAAGGAAGUGUACUACGAGAUUUUAGCGUGGCUGGUCAGGGGAGGAUGGGUGACGCAGCUGCGAACCUUUGGGUGGGUUAAGGUUAGUCCCGAAGUGAAGAGCGCGGUACGGGACGCGAUGAUUAGGGAGGAGAGGAGGAAGUCGAUGUCGAUGGACAGGCGUCGUCCAUCCCUCUCCGCCGUACGGGCCAUGGCUACGGCAGAGGAUGCAGAAGAAAAGAACGAGGAGAAAGACGAAGAAGACGACGAAAGAGGAGGAGAGAAACAAGACGGCUACGGUUCAUCCUCAUCCUCGUCACUGGACAGCGAGAUGAGCGGCGAGGCCACGCCUGUCCCAGGCCGAGUACGUGCCCUCCACACCGGGAGAAUGACAUCUUCGCUCAUCCUACGGCCACACCAAGCAUCGCCCGUCGAGUCUCGCUGGCUGGACUACAUCCUGAGCCGGUUCCCUGACCCGCCCGUGUCGACGGCAGGCUCGCCGCCCUCGACGGCGGAAGAGGGCCGACAGAGCUUCGACACCGACGACUCGGAGCUGGACAUGUACGUGGCUCUGCGGCGGUACUGGCCGGUGCUUACAAAGUACUUCAACGGCACGGAUGCACUGCAGAAGAUCACGGUGCGAGAAGGGCUGAGCCAUCGACUGGUGUGGAGGGUGCUGGGGAUGCUGGACGUGAACACGCCGGCGGAGACGGAGGGCACCUGGGACGAGCACGAGAAGGUCCUUGUCACCGUCCGGCACUGGUAG